AGAAACUGUUAUAUCAGCGGUUUCAUCAGUAAUUGUUUGAACUAUAUGCGGUCAAUAGCAAACAUGUCGGUUUAUCCUGUGUGGUUGACGAGGGGUUUCUGGAAGACGUGUUGCUAUUCACUAGUGAGAUGUAAUCGGAAUGAAUGUAAUUUAUUUUAUCUCUUCGGUUAAAGCAUGGAAACUGAAUCGACAAGUACCACCACAACAACAGCAGUACCGACCAAACAGUAUUUGUUUUCACCGCAAGCGAGUUUCCAAAUAUGGGAGAUGAUUUUUGGUUUGAUAUGUUGGGCAAUUAUUGCUUCUCAUACAUUGCUACAGUCGUCACCUGCAUGGCAGUUUGUCAUGUUCGUUUCGGUCUCGUCAUGGAGUCUGACAUUAAUUCGGUUUGUUAUCUGUUUAGCCGAUGUCAAUGACAAAGUUUGCCCCGGCCUUUCUUGGAAAAAUAACGAGCUGAUUUUUAAUGGGUUCUCAACGCUGUUGUAUUUUAUUGCUUCGUGUGUUGCUGCUGCCUACACGGGAGGGUUUUCUCGACUCAUUGCUGCCACGGUAUUCGCUUGCUUUACGACAAUGGUUUACACUGUUCACACUGCAUUGGCAAUUCGGGACAACAAAGUUAAUUCAGCCGUGGGUGUCAUAAGAGAAACAGAACAAUAAAAGUGUUUUAUUGGAAUAAUUUAUAUACUACACAUUUUGCAAAGUAUUUUAUAUAAACAGCUUUAUUGGUUGUCCUAUGAAACCAUAAUAUUAAAUAAAUAAAAAAAACAAGAUUUGCAAAAUUUCAGAACUCGCGGUGGCACACCGUCAUGGCAUGUAAACAUAAAGACAAAGCUCUUGUUACCGUACAAAGCGUACACAUA